AUGAAAGCUGUUCUUGCUCUUAUCUUCUUCGCUUGUGUUGCUGGUUCAAUGGCAUCAAAUGCUGACCAAUUUAUUGGUCAACUUGUUCAAGAAGCACAAACUAUGGCACACACUGUUUUCGGUUAUCUUCAACAACAAAUUCUUGGUUUAGUUCAACAAGCUGUUGGUGAACUUUCAUCACUUGUUGCUUCAAUUGGUGGAGCUCGCAUAGAUUUAAGCUCAAUCCUUAAUCUACUUGGACCUUUACUUAAUGGAAUUAUCGGCCAAGGUCUUAAUUCAGUUCUUGGUGGUCUUCAAGGUCUUAUUGGUGGUCGUCUUGAUUUGGAUAUCGGCGGCAUCUUUCAGAACGUCCUCGAUCAAGUUCUUCCAGCCAUUCAAGGAAUUGGUCAACAUCUUCUUAACCAAGGUUUAGCUGCUGUUCUUGGUGGACUUGGUAGUUUAGGUGGACGUGGUUUUGAGGAUCUCUGGCAAGGUGUUCUAGGUCAAGUCACCAAUGCUGUCUCAACUGCUCAAAAUAUACUUCAAGGCGUUGUCGGAGGCAUUACCACCCUUGGUUCAAACAUUCUUGAUGCUUCAAAACCACACUGGGAACAACUUCAAGAACAACUUAUUGGUCAUGGUCUCAAUGUUCUUGGUUCAGUUUCAGAAACUAUCAAUAACCUUCAUGGUUCAAUUACUGGUGGUCGUUAA